UACAAGUAAACAAGGCCUAAAAAUUACAGCUGCCUCAAACUUGAGCACUUGGCAACCAAACUCGGCGCAGAGGAGAGAGUACACACAACCUCUCUUCAACUAUGAGAUGACACUGAAAUUUAUUACGUCAUUCUGUAUUUUCUCCCCUUCAAGAAUUUGUAACGUACUUCACUCCAUUUUUCGACGCUGUAGUUCUCGUUGUCUCAACCUACCCUCAUAAAGAGCUUUGGAAGUGUUAGUGUGAAAGUUGUCUUCUAGCCGUGUAGAGAGGCAGCAGCCAGUGAAUACUCUUCCCUUAUCAAUGUCCUGAACUUCUGAGGCUCAAACACAUUCGUUGUAAAAGAAAAACCCACUGCUCAUGAAUUAAGUUCUGCAUUGCUUAGAAGCUCCUCUGUUGCAACAAUAUGAAGGACAACUUUUGGGUGGAGGAAUCCAGUGGGAAACCAUCUGUUUCUAAGAAAAGGAAGCGAAGAGUUGGGAAAAGAAAAAUUGAGUUUAUUGGUUGGGGCUCUAGGCCUCUGAUUGAAUUUCUUGAAGCAAUUGGUCAGGAUACAAGUAAAAAGCACUCUCGACAUGAUGUGGCAGCAUACAUCAGCAAGUAUAUAAAUGAAAAAGGUCUUGCUAGUGCAGAAAAGAAGAAGAAAGUCCUGUGUGAUGAGAGACUCCAUGCUCUUUUCGCCAAGAAGUCUUUGUCUCGAAUAAAAGUGUAUGAUAUGCUGGAAGAGCACUUUGUUGAGAACCAUGAUGACUCUGAUGAUGAACUUUUGGAUAGUUCAGAAGAAGAAGAUUAUGGAGGAAAAAGAUCCUUAGGCCUGAAAAUUGGUCCUAGUGGUCAGAUGAAGAAGGUUCCUAAGACACCUAAAAGCUGCUUCGCUGCUAUUAUUCCUGAAAAUAUCAAACUAGUUUAUUUAAAGAAAAGUGUAAUUCAGGAGCUUCUCAAGGUUCCUGAAAGCUUUGAGUAUAAAAUAUUGGGGAGCUUUGUCAGGAUGAAAUCUGACCCUAAUGACAUUUAUCAAAAGAACCGGUUCCAGCUUCAAUUAGUCACAGGUGUAGAAAAGGUUCUUGGUGGUGGUGAUGCUGGCAUCGAGAUCUGUCUAAAAGUCUCAAAUUUUUUUAAAGAUGUUCCUAUUAGCAUGUUGUCGGAUGAUAACUUUACCGAGGAAGAAAUUGAGGAUGUGCGGGAGAGAGUUAAAGCUGGCUUGCUUAAGAGGCUGACUGUUAACGAACUUGAAUUGAAGGCACAAACUUUGCAUGCCGACAUAACAAAACAUUGGAUUGCAAAAGAAAUUUCUUUGUUACACAAGCUCAUCGAUCAUGCCAAUGAAAAAGGAUGGCGAAGAGAAUUGUUUGAGUACCUAGAAAGAAGGAAGACGCUACAAACACCAUCUGAACAAGAAAAACUAUUGCUUAAUAUUCCAGAAGUUAUUGCAGAAGAACUAGAUCCUGAAGGUACAGCAGCUGAUGCUUCUGAAAAAGCAGAAGGAAGUGCUCGCUCUCCAAAAUCAAUUCUUAGGGGGAGUUCAGAUGUCUCCAGCACAGAUGCUUCAGGACAUGAACAUGUCAAUGAGUCAUCGAAACAAGUGAAGGAAACGGGAGAUCAACACAAUGAUUUCAUUGGACAAGGGACAAGGACAGCCGAUGUGAUCGGGGAAGAGAGAGACGUCAUGAGUCACAAGGAAGGGGACCCUCAACAGAAGCCAGAACAACCAAUCGGCACAACUCAUGUGAUCGAAUUAAGCGACGAUGAACAAGAAGAUGACAACCCAAAGAGCAAGGAUCAAACUACUAUGGAAAGCCCAGAUGACGUUAUAUGGCACUAUGCUGAUCCCCAAGGGCAAACACAAGGGCCCUUCUCGCUCUACCUAUUGAAAAGGUGGAACGAUAGUAAUUACUUCCAUUCAGCCUUUACAGUUUGGAAAAGUGGGCAAACGCCAUUCGAUGCAGUUCUAUUAGUCGAUCUGCUCCGUCGCACUUUCCCAUGUUCAUAGACAUAUGGAUGUUCGGUGUGCUCCUUCGCACUUGCCCAUGUUCAUAGACAUAUGGAUAUUCGGUGGUCCGGUAUGUAAGUCUGCACAGCACUGAGGAAAUUGUAUUUGUGAAGACGAGAAAGAGUAGUUCUUUAAUUGAUUUUCUCGCAGACAGAAUUGAACCUUGUUAGGAGCUGUAAUUGGAAUUAUGUAGAGAUGAACAGCGAAAGAAAUCUACAUUGCCGCCUUCCAUGUUGAGAUCCAAUGUGCUAACGUGUCCUGUGUGAAGUAUGUGGCUUCUUGAGGUCUGUUCUUUCAUUGUGUAAUUAAGGUUCAGGCAGGUUAAUCCUGUUGAGCUGUGCCCACAAAGCACGCUUCUUACAAGUGCAGAAGCACAGCAUUCUCUACAACAGGAGCUUUACUACCUGUGUGGCUUUGGGGUGAAGUGAAGGAUGAUGAUGAACACAAUCCUGUUCAAUAAGAAACACGUUUUUUACUUUAUAUCGGUGAAUCCUGGAUACAAUUGAAUAUUGACUGUAUCCAAUUCCACGUAGGUAUUACCACGAAAAAACAUAAAAUAUUCCACCAGGAGGAUACUUUUGAGUGUGACAUUUCCUGUAAAACCAAAAAGCCAACAGCAAUUUCCCAUUAUAUAUCCGCUUUCAACUUGCCCACAUUAUCAAUGGCCCGCAGCAUUCAGAGGCUUGUCUGACAGUGUCAGAUGACAUUUCGCUUUCCUCAUUCUAAAAACUUUCGGCCUCACCUGAUAAUCAAUCAACAUUCAACUUUUUUUGUUUUCUUCAUACAUUCAAUUUAUCAAAUAACAGCACAACAAGAAAAGGAAAUUAGUUGCAAUUGUUCUUCGGAUCAUUUAACUGAAACAAGAUGAUAAUCGGCAUACAAAUAGAAAUCAAAUUUAGCAGAAACAAGUGAUGGCAGAGAAGUUUCAUCGCAAUAGUCUUUGUUUCCUUUUCUGUUAAGAGUUUCAAAAGAAAAUAACACGCCGAUUUCUCCCACCCUUUCGCGUGAAUGGAGAGAACGCCCCGGCUCCACGCAAAGAGAAACACAGCAACAGCACGUCGGCCGACCAUCGAUCUUCAUUUCCUUUCAGAUACGUGUUGAAUUGGAAUAUCUUGUUUGCGUCUUAAUGUCCGCUCAGGGUUCGGUUCUACCCUUUUUUUGGUCAUAUUUUAACAAUUUUAGCAGCCUUGACCACUGGAUUCUCCCUAGCGAUGGCUUGUCGCCCAGCGGCUUUGUAGUCAUAGCUACAAUCGUGCCGGUCGGAGUACCGAUGAUCGGCGCAGAAAAGCUCGCCGCAACGGCAUCUAAAUCCAGUCAAGCCUACCUUCCUCCGGCAACCUGAGCAACGGUUGACUUGUCUCUUCACCGGAGGCGCCUCCACCUCCGCCGCCUCUAUCUUCAGAUCUCCACUCGUAUCCGCCGAAUCAAAUUUUCUCUCCGGCGAACACGUGAUAGAUCUGAAGGAUUUCUCCACAAACACGUUAUUUACAUGUUUGGCUCCGCCUGGCGACGUAGCCGCGGCUGAAGCUGCUGUGGAGGCCGUGGUGGUGUUGAAACACUUCUGACAUAAAUUAUUGGCCGCGGAAUUCCCCGCAACGCCGCAAUUAACGCACAGGGAGAUGGUCUCAGGUACGACCUUAAACUCCGUCUCUUCCUUCUCCGUCUUCUGCGC